AUGACAGACGUGCGUCAAUGCUGUUGCAAAUUUAGCAAAGAAUUCAAAGAAUUUGCUUUGCAAGGUAACGUACUUGAUUUGGCUAUUGGCAUUAUUAUUGGCACCGCUUUUCAGAGUGUUGUCAAAUCACUUGUUGAUGAUAUUAUUACACCACCAUUUGGUUUAAUCUUCGAUGGUGUUGACUUUAGUAAUUUAACAAUCAAAAUGAAGAACUUUGUACAUAAAGAUCAACCUCCUGUCGUCAUUCGCUACGGAAUAUUCAUUCAACAAAUUAUACAUUUAUUAAUUAUGGCUCUGGCACCAGCGAUAUCUGUAUACAGUCGUCCAAUAUCGACAUGA